GUCGGCUAUGCAUUGCAUUAGGCUGCGCUCAACGGCGAAUAUAAUACGGUCUCGACCCCAUCUAUCUGCCCACUUUUUCCCCCUUAGCUUAAGCCCCUGGAAUGAUUACCAUGGAACUCAGCUCCUUAGACACAACACGUCCUCCCGAGAACGAAUCCGACUUAGUUAUUUUCGACGACGAUGGCACCGGUCAGUUGCGUCAGCAAGAGACUCCCGACUUGGCAGCAUUUCUGAGUUCCUCUCGACACUACUCCACCCAAGUUAUCUUUACCAAGCAUGGGCUGCUUCAAGAAAGCCCCGACCUUGCGAAGCUCCCUGCCGAUUUCCGGCGUACUUUCGAAGCAGACCUGAACGGGUCGUUUCACAAUGAGUAUAUCUUCAAUGGGAACGAAAUGACGAACCAUGUAUCUUGGUCCAUGUUCAAAAUCAAGCUGGUCAAAUCACCGAUCGCGUAUAAAUGGUUAGAGCCUUCCAUUUUCGUUGAUUGGGAUAUCGAAGCCAAUCGUCAAAGAAUCUUCUUCGUCGAUGUACCUUCUACCCAGCGGAAGCAGAUUGUCAACAAGUUUCCCACUCAGAAUAUGCGGGAUCGUAAUCCGUAUAUCUGGCACGCGGUAUUUGCGCAUGAAAUCGCGCACCUAUACGAAACGUCUUUCUGGAAUCAACGGGAUGUUAUCAGGAACGUCGAAAAGUUACGAAACGCAUCAAGCAAGAAUCUCCCAAUAUUCCUAAAAGGCCUAAACGACAGCGCUCGUCACGCCGUCCACCUGAACGAGACCAUGGAGGUAGCCGACCACACCAUGAACAGGUUGCUCGCGGAACAUGUCCGCUGGCGUAGCGAGUUCCAAACCUACGUGAGUGACGGAGAAGCGAACGCCAUCCGCUGCACCUAUCUCCAAACCGACCAAAAACUAGCCUUCGUCGGAAAAGAAAUCCACUCAACCAGGGUCAGGGCCAAGACAUUGACCGAUCGACUGGCCUCUGAGAUCCAACUCGCGAACACGCUCGUCUCCCAUGAAAUGAGUAAACACACCCGCUAUGACAGCAUGGUGAUGAGAACCCUGAGCUUCGUGGGUAUGAUCUAUCUUCCUGGGACCUUUGUUUCCGGCAUCUACGGCUCCAACUUUUUCGACUUCCAGUCUGGUGAGAAAGAGUCGUGGGAGAUGUCGCACGAGUUCUGGCAGUAUUGGGCCGUUACGAUUCCGCUGACGCUGGCGACAUUUGUGGUCUGGGCCUUGUGGCAUUAUCGGGCUAAAUUGGGGUUUUGGAGGAAGGGUAAGCAGGAUGAAAAUAAUAUGGUAUGAUGUUUGGUAUUUCGCUCAUAGAAGGGCAUAUAUAUAUAUAUAUAUAGUUGAAUGUUAUGAGUUACAAUCUUUUUCGGUUGAGAUAUAGCGCUAUGGAGAUUGAUGUAUAUAUGGGUAAGGGAUGAUUUUGUCGAUUAUAUGGGAGCAAUGGAGUUAUGUGUAGG